AUGGACCCAGCGCUCCAGGUCCUCGAUGCGGCGCAUCAGCUAUACGCUCGAGCAAAUGAGACGAGCACCGCAGACACCACGAAUGAACGGCCGCCUGCUUACAAGGCGAUCGGUAUAGGUCUGGCCAUUGCGUCAGGCUGCUUCAUCGGAACAUCUUUCGUCUUGAAGAAGGUUGGCUUGCUCAGGGCCAACGAGAAAUACAGCGAGGUCGCCGGCGAGGGCUAUGGCUAUCUCAAGAACCUGUACUGGUGGAGCGGCAUGACCCUUAUGAUCAUUGGAGAGCUCUGCAAUUUCGCCGCCUAUGCCUUCACCGACGCCAUCUUGGUUACGUCGCUGGGAGCCCUAUCCGUUGUUAUUACCACGGUACUCUCGGCCAUCUUCCUAAAGGAGAGGCUCAGUCUGGUUGGCCAGGUCGCCUGCUUUCUCUGCAUCGUCGGGUCCGUCGUCAUUGUCUUGAGCGCCCCGGCGGAAUCUUCCGUGUCAGACAUCCAGGAUAUGAAACAUUAUGUCGUCGCCCCGGGCUUUCUGAGUUACGCCGGCGUCAUCAUCGUCGGCGCCGUCUUUCUGGCCUUCUGGGCUGGUCCACGCUAUGGCAAGAAGAAUAUGUUCACAUAUAUUUCCAUAUGCAGCUGGAUUGGAGGAUUGAGUGUCGUCGCUACUCAGGGACUGGGUUCUGCCAUUGUCGCGCAAGCUGGUGGCAAACCUCAGUUCAACAACUGGUUCCUGUAUAUUGUUCUCAUCUUUGUGGUGGCUACACUGGUGACCGAGAUCAUCUUUCUCAAUAAAGCCCUCAACCUCUUCAACGCCGCCAUGGUCACACCCACGUAUUACGUCUACUUCACCAGUACUACGAUCAUCACAUCGUCUGUAUUAUUCCAGGGUUUCAAGGGCACAGCAACGGAGAUCAUCACAGUCGUCAUGGGGUUUCUCACUAUCUGCUCUGGAGUCGUCUUGCUCCAGCUUUCAAAAUCCGCCAAAGACGUACCGGACACUGCUGUUUUCGCCGGAAAUCUGAACCAGAUUCAGACCAUUGCCGAGCAGGAACAGCCCGAGACGGAACCCAAGGCCGACGCUAUUCGGGGUGCCGCCGCCAUCGUUCGUCGGUUUUCUAAAUCAAGGCAGAAGAUGGAAGAGCGGGAGUUCAGGAGACUACACGAAGAAAAAGAAAAGGAGCGCCUUGCACCGCUUAGCGAAGAUGGUCAAGAACAAUAUGAGUGGGAUGGCCUGCGACGGAGAAGGACAACACUUGGAAGCCAAGCAAGCCGACCCUUUACCGCAACCAGCGCCGCCAAUACACCAGCGCAUCCACCGCUGGGGAGGACACGAUUUCUGUCCGAGGAGGAAUUAGAAGAGGAGCGGAGUCGGCAGAUGUCACCCGGUGUUCUUACUAGUAUCGCCGGCACCAUGCGGAGUCGUGCGCGCAGCAUCCUCCCGGGUCAUCCAGACUUCGGCCAGCAGCACCAAGACCAGAGCUCGAAGAUGCAGAGCCCGAUGCACCCUGUGCAGUUGACUGACAUCGCAGUACCGGGCCAGAAGUACGGAAAUGAAGCUAGUCCGUACGGCUAUGGCCUGCCCUCGGGGUCGCUGAAGACGGGAUACGGCGGCGCAGCUAGCAUCGCGUCGUCCGAGGAUACCGAUCGUCACAUCCAGUUUGCGGAUCCGCCACGGCCAGGUGCUAGCACCACCUCGCUCGCGCCGCCGACACCGCCGCCGCACGGGGGCCCGGGACAACCAGCACGUCGGCAGUUUUCGUUCCAAAAUGUGUUUCGUCGGCAUCAAGCUGACGUAGCACAGGAUCAAGCACUGCCGUCGUCGUCGUCACUGAACCCGCCGUCGCGGCACUCGAUGGGGAUUCGAGGCCACUCGGAUCGUCAGAUGAGGGUGAAGGACGCGACCGAGGAGGAGAGGCUGGGCUUGGUCAAGGGUGAUUCGCACUCGAUGCCGCAAAUUCCUGGUCCCGACCCCGACUACGACUCUGAUGAUAACGACCUGUUCUCGGACGUUGGGGGGACAUCGCGGUACGGCAGGGGUAUCACUGGCAGUCCCCCGACGAGAGGAAGCGAAGGGAGUGAUGAUAAUGAGAUGGCAGCAUCGGAUUAUGGCGAAAGGAGGAGGAGGUGGGAUGAGAGCCGGAGUCGGAGUAGAGAUGGGACUCCGCAUAGUUCACCACCACGACCGCCUGGACGCGGUAGUCCUCCACUUGGCGGCGAUGGCGCCUUCCUUUGA